AUGGGUUCCGUAGGCAACGACACGACGAAUACAAAGACUGUGAAAGCAUGCUCGCCACUGACCGGCGCCCAGCGGUUGAGAGAAAUGCUGAGAGAUCCCUCCAAAGUCGUCGUGUGUCCGGGGGUUUUUGAUGGCUUCACAGCCCGCUUGGCUUUGGCGGCUGGUUACGAUGCCCUGUACAUGACUGGUGCAGGGACAUCAAUGUCCAGACUCGGGUGGGCGGACCUGGGAAUCGCCACUCUGAACGACAUGAGAAGCAAUGCCGAGAUGAUCGCAUCGCUCAAUCCUUCAGUGCCCUUGAUUGCAGACGCCGAUACUGGCUACGGUGGACCGGUCAUGGUCACGAGGACCGUUACCCAGUAUGCUCGUGCCGGUGUUGCGGCGCUCCACAUUGAAGAUCAGGUGCAAGAGAAGAGAUGUGGCCAUCUUCUCGGCAAACAGAUUGUGGAUAGGGAGAUAUACUUCAGCCGACUGCGAGCAGCGGUUGCCGCGCGGAAUCAACUUCAAUCCGACAUUGUGCUGAUUGCGCGCACGGACUCUCGACAGACCUACGGCUUCGACGAGGCGAUUGUGCGACUGCAAGAGGCGGUCAAAAUUGGCGUCGACGCCGUGUUUCUGGAAGCACUGCAAUCAAAGGAAGAGAUGGAACAGGUGUGCAAGAUCAUGGGCGAUACUCCGGUACUCUUGAAUGUGGUACCAGGCGGCGCCACUCCCGAAGUCCCCAUUGAAGAAGCGACCAAGAUGGGAUUUCGCAUCAUCAUCUACCCCGGGCUCUGCAUCGGUCCAGUUCUCGAAAGCGUGGGCAAAGAGCUCAAGGUACUCCAAACGACCGGAAAGACCACCGCAAGGAGUUCGGCUGGCGGCGUUAAGGAGGCUUUCAACUUGUGUGGGCUGCAGGAGUGUAUCGACAUUGACAAAGAAGCAGGGGGCAAGGCGUAUGCCACUGUAGGGAAGUAG